AUGACACCUUCUAAAUCAGAGGAUACCCCUCCACCCGCAGCCCAUCAUCAUCGACUCUCAUACCAACAAUUCUCCAAGCGCCUGAUCCUCUCAUACAUACUCGACUGGAUUCUCAUCAUCGGAGUCGCUCUCAUCGGCUUUGGCUUCUCCCAAACCACCCCCAACCACCGACCUUUCUCCCUCACCGACCCAAGCAUCUCCUUCCCCCACAGGGAAAAAGAUACAGUCUCAACAGGCGUGCUAGCCGUGGUAGCGAUAGUAGCUCCAGCUGUGAUUAUCAUCUUCGUCUCCUUUCUCUUCAUCAAUCCGAAUACUACCACCAUUGCCGGCACUAGUGGUCGAAACGCACGAAAAGAAAUACUAAGACGGAAACUGAUGGUAAAGCUCUGGGAAUGGAAUGCAGGAUGGAUGGGCUUAGGAGUCGCCCUUGCGGGAACGUUCAUGGCUACGGAGGGACUAAAGGAUCUAUAUGGGAAGCCGAGGCCGGAUAUGCUGGCCAGGUGUGACCCGGAUAUAUCUGCGAUUAAUGAGUAUGCGGUUUCGGGGUUGGGAAGGAGACUUGCGGGUGCGCCUACGAUGGUGACGUGGGAGAUAUGUCGGAAUAAGGGGGAUGAGAUGUUGAAGGUGGAUGGGUUUGCUAGUUUUCCGAGUGGGCAUUCUUCGAUUUCGUUCGCGGGAUUGAUGUAUCUCGCUCUCUGGCUAAGUGCUAAAUUCUCCAUUGGGUUCCCGUUCCUGGCCUAUUCGCCGCUCAGCCAUGAUCUGGGAAGACAGGACCGUGGAAAGAUUCGAAACCAGGGUGCCGCUCCUCCUGUCUAUAUGCUCAUCAUUGCACUAGUGCCCAUCGCUGUGGCCUUCUUCAUAUCUGCAUCGCGUUGGUUCGACUAUCGUCAUCAUGGUUUCGAUAUCAUAUUCGGAUCGGUCAUGGGAAUGGUCUUCGCGUAUAUUGGCUUCCGAUUGUAUCAGCUUCCCAUCAUUCGUGGUGCGGGCUGGUCGUGGGGAGCUAGAAGUCGCAAACAUGCGUUCUUCAUGGGCGUUGGACUCCCGAGCCACGUUUCUACCGACAGCUGGGUCUCGAUGAGCGACAAACGCGAUGCCGUAGAGAGCAGCACACAGAACGUUGAUCUGGAAAGUGGUCGACAGAGCGCGAAUGAGCGAUGA